ACCAAGUCUCUCGUCGCGGCCGGGAGCGCACUCGCAGCUCCUGGAAGUGUUGCCGCCUCGCGGUUCCUCGCGCCCUGCGCUCCUAGAAGGGGCGGCCGCCUUCAGGUGACAGACGGGACACUCGCUUGAGCUUUCCGGAUGCAUCAGAGAUACUUUUGGACUGAGCAGGGCCAAGUGGCGUUUGGCGGGCACUUCAUGGCGGAGGGCGAAGGGUACUUUGCCAUGGCCGAAGACGAGCUGGCCGGGGGCCCCUACAUCCCCUUGAACGGCGACUUCGGCGAGGGCGACUUCGGCGGCGGCGGCGGUGGCUUUGGGGAGCAUUGCUUGGAUUACUGCGAAAGCCCCACAGCGCACUGCAACGUGCUGAACUGGGAGCAAGUGCAGCGGCUGGACGGCAUCCUGAGCGAGACCAUCCCCAUCCACGGGCGCGGCAACUUCCCCACGCUGGAGCUGCAGCCGAGCCUGAUCGUGAAGGUGGUGCGGCGGCGCCUGGCGGAGAAGCGCAUCGGCGUCCGCGACGUGCGCCUCAACGGCUCGGCUGCCAGCCACGUCCUGCACCAGGACAGCGGCCUGGGCUACAAGGACCUGGACCUCAUCUUCUGCGCCGACCUGCGGGGGGAAGAGGAGUUUCAGACUGUGAAGGACGUCGUGCUGGACUGCCUCUUGGACUUCUUACCCGAGGGGGUGAACAAAGAGAAGAUCACACCACUCACGCUCAAGGAAGCUUAUGUGCAGAAAAUGGUUAAAGUGUGCAAUGACUCUGACCGAUGGAGUCUUAUCUCCCUGUCAAACAACAGUGGCAAAAAUGUGGAACUGAAAUUUGUGGAUUCCCUCCGGAGGCAGUUUGAAUUCAGUGUAGAUUCUUUUCAAAUCAAAUUAGACUCUCUUCUUCUCUUUUACGAAUGUUCAGAGAACCCAAUGACUGAAACAUUUCACCCUACUAUAAUCGGUGAGAGUGUCUACGGAGAUUUCCACGAAGCCUUUGAUCACCUUUGUAACAAGAUUAUUGCCACCAGAAACCCAGAGGAAAUCAGAGGGGGUGGCCUGCUUAAGUACUGUAACCUCUUAGUGAGGGGCUUUAGGCCCGCCUCUGAUGAGAUCAAGACCCUUCAGAGAUAUAUGUGUUCCAGGUUUUUCAUCGACUUCUCAGACAUUGGAGAGCAGCAGAGAAAACUGGAGUCCUAUUUGCAGAACCACUUCGUGGGAUUGGAAGACCGCAAGUACGACUAUCUCAUGACCCUUCAUGGAGUGGUGAAUGAGAGUACAGUGUGCCUGAUGGGACACGAAAGAAGACAGACUUUAAACCUUAUCACUAUGCUGGCUAUCCGGGUGCUAGCUGACCAAAAUGUCAUCCCUAACGUGGCCAAUGUCACUUGCUAUUACCAGCCAGCCCCCUACGUAGCAGAUGCCAACUUUAGCAAUUACUACAUUGCACAGGUUCAGCCAGUAUUCACAUGCCAGCAACAGACAUACUCUACUUGGCUACCCUGCAAUUAAGGAUCAUUUAAAAAUGUCCGGUGGGGAAGCUGUUUCAGACAAGCUAGGAAAAAAAAAAAAAAGCGUGACCCAGCUCUGAUUAAGGGUGUAUUUUGUGCAAUGAUUGCUCCUGGUUUUAAGCUUGGCAAAGCUGUGGAUCUUUUAAUAGGUAUGGGAGCAUGAUCUAGCAAUGACCCCUCCCCCCCCCCAAGCCUCCCACUUCAUCCUCCUACCCAGCUGGAUUCUAUCCUGGAGCAAGAGAGACUUGUCAUUAAAAGCAACCAGGUUCUCCUAAAGUAACAAUGCUUGACAAUAUGGGUUUGCAGUACCUGCUCCCAUAGCUUUGCCAUAGGAAAAAAAAAAGUGGAAAUUUUCUUUUAAGGUGGCAUUCACAAAGGAGAAAUACAGAAAAGAAGGUCCCACUCCAACUUAUCAAUUCAGGAGUUCAGAGAAUAACAG